CGUAGUCCAUCGCGCCGUAGGCGUGGAGAAAUAAUAACCGCAGCAGGUUCUGAUCAGUUUUAAAACGGGAGGUGAGAGGAAGUGGGGGAGAAGGGUUGGUUUUCUCGCUUGCAUCUUUUGUGGUGCUUUCACAUCAUACGGUAUUGAUACCGGGAAGACCACCGACCAAUGGGCGGAAGGAUGGCUUCCCUCGUAGGCGGGCUUUAAAAAUGGCCUUGAGUAGGCGCACGAAUUCAAGGGGCUUGUGCCCAAUGUCCUUGCAAACGCGGAGGCUAAUAGUGGCGGAGCUGUCAUUCUUCAUCUCUUGGGCGAUCCCUCUUCCCAGACCAUUGGAAAGACGAUGCUCAGGUUGACGGAAGGGGGGUUGGUUUAUUCCAUUGGCAUCACCUUGCUUUGCCUAAGAGAGUUUACAGCCGAGGAUUCAGGAUGGACAGCAACGAGGAAUGCAGUCACUCCCCAGAUGCCCCAUGAAAUUAUAAUCCCUCAGUGGAAAGCAAGAUCGGGCAAUGACAAGCAUCCACCCAGAGCAGAACUCAGGGUAACAGCUGAAGGAAGAAAUUUCAUUGUGGAUGUUGAGAAGAAUGAGGAUCUCUUUGCGCCAGACUACACUGAAACUCAUUAUACUAAAAUUGGAACAGCCCAAACCAUCUCCUUGAACAAGACAGAUCAUUGCUUUUACCAUGGUAGAGUGAGGGGGAUCCAUAAAUCAAGUGUGGUGCUCAGCACAUGCAGAGGUCUACG